AUGGCAGGAAUUAUAGAAGAAGACCAUAUUUCAAUGAAAAACGCAUUUAAGACAAAUGGUCUAGAUGGUUUAAAGCAGAUGAUUGUCGACAACAGGGACAAAUGGGAAUCAAUACCGGUACGCAUUGCAGUGACUGGAAACUCGGGCGUUGGGAAAUCCAGUUUCAUCAAUGCUUUCCUUGGAUUAAAACCGAACGCUCCCGGUGCAGCUGCUGUCGGAAUAACUGAAACGACAAUGCAGGUUAAGGCAUAUCCGCAUCCCAUGAACGAAAACUUUGUCUUGUAUGACCUUCCCGGUGUUGGAACACAGCUGUUUCCUCGCGAGUCCUAUCUGGAGAAAGUGGAUUUCCAGAAGUACGACUUCUUCGUGAUACUGUCGGCAACUCGUUUUACGGAGAACGACGCGUGGCUUGGUCACAAAGUAAAGCUGCUACAGAAGAAAUUCUUCUUUGUGAGAACGAAAAUCGAUUCCGAUAUGGAAAACGAAAAGGAGGAUUUUGGGGAAGACUUCAACCGAGAAAGAAGCCUAUCGAAGAUAAGAGCAGAUGCGCAAGAUAAUCUUCGCAAAUUUCAAGGUUUGAAUGCAAACGUUUAUCUCAUAACCACUAAACUUCGAAAAAUCAACCAGUUCGAUUUUAGUCGCUUAAUGCAAGAUGUGAUAAGCAAAGCUCCGAUGUUGAAGAAUGAGUCUUUAGUUCUGUUUUUACCAUCUCUCACCAAAGAUAUUAUACUGGAGAAAGAGAAAGUUCUUCUUAAAAGAGCCUACGCAUUAUCUCUUGCGUCGGGUAUUGCUGCGGUAAUACCAGUUCCAGGUUUGGGCGUCUUCGUUGACGGAACAAUUCUUGUUUAUGAAGCGUUGUUUUACAGGAAGCAGUUCAAUCUUAAUGAAAACUCAUUGAAGAAAUUUGAGAAGCAGUAUUCAGUGAAAAUCGGAACACCUGGCUGGACUUCGCUUUCAAAAUCCUUCACAGCAACUGGUUUAUUGAAAGCAGCUAGCAUUGGAAUGGCUGGGAAGAUUGGCGAAAACGCAGUUUCAUAUAUUAUUCCUGGUCUUGGAUCAGCUAUUUCUGCAGUUCUGUCUUAUAGAAGUACAUGUGCACUGCUUCAGAGUCUUAUUAAAACAAUGAGAGGGGAUGCCCUCAUUAUCAACGCUGACAUAGCUAAACGGUUUGUUGAAUCGAUUUAA